AACCAAGUUUGUUUUGAUUUAGGACACGUCAGAUUAAAAAAAAUUGUAGAUUGUAUGAUUUGAAACCAAUUAGAGGACGUUGAAUCGUCAGAAAAUAACCAAAAAGAAAGAUGGCUUCAAACGAUAUAGGGGACUGGUAUCGAGGAAUUCCUCAGAUGACAAAAUACUGGUUUACCGGUUCUGUGGUGGUGCCACUCGUGGCAAGAUUUGGACUAAUUAAUCCUAGGAAUCUUAUUCUUAUAUUCGAAAGUGUAUUUUACAAAUUCCAGAUCUGGAGACCAGUGACAGCUGUUUUAUUUUACCCGAUAUCUGGACCCAGUGGAUUUCACUAUCUGAUGAACCUUUAUUUCUUAUAUUCUUAUUCUACAAGACUUGAAACAGGUAUAUUCGAUGGGAAACCUGCAGAGAUGGCAUUUCUGCUGAUCUUCAACUGGUUGUCUCUUGUUAUAAUUGGAUUUGCUGCAGAAAUGUGGCUCUUAAUGGAUCCCAUGGUGUUAAGUGUCCUGUAUGUUUGGUGUCAACUUAACAAAGAUAUGAUUGUUUCUUUCUGGUUUGGAACUCAGUUCAAGGCAAUGUAUCUCCCUUGGGUCCUGUUGGCCUUUAAUAUGAUUAUUGGACAAGGAGGUCUAAUGGAACUUGUUGGAAUCAUCGUGGGGCAUCUUUAUUUCUUUCUGAUGUUUAAAUAUCCACAAGACUUUGGAGGAGCAAGGCUUAUUUCAGUACCCAACAUUUUGUACAAAUAUUUUCCAAACAGAAGAGGUGGCAUGUCAGGGUUCGGAAUACCUCCAUCAAGUCGUCGGCAGGCCCCUGAUAAUAACGCGGAUAAUCAAAGACAUCAUUGGGGGAGGGGCCAAAAUCUGGGAGGAAACUAAUGUGUCAUCAUAUGAUUUGUCUUACUAAAUUAACUUGCAUCCUUUUUUUAAAUGAUGGACAAAAUCUGUGUUAUCUAUUUAAAGAAUUUUAUGGGGUUUUUUUUUUUGUAUAUUGUGUAAUUUAUACUUUGAAAAAAAAAAUCCUUUGAUGCCUGCCAUUAUGUUCUGAUGCAGCUUGUUCUAUUCACAUUGAAGUCAUUCUUGAUCUAUACAUGUAUUGUGAUGGACAUGUACAUUGUAAGUCAGAUAUCCUAGUUAUUAAUCAUUUAAUGAUUUAUGUGUUCAUGGGUUCUAUAUGAUGCAGUCAUCGAUUGUGAGGAUGUGUUGGAACAUCCUGUACAUAUAUCAGUGUACUACUCUAACGCUGAAUGAGCUUUAUGUACUGUAUGGAGAAUUCAUUUCUCUGUAGAAACAUGAUACAUGUACCUGUCAAUCUAAUUAAAAUUAGACUUGUAAUUUUCACUCCUCUACGAUACGC